AUGGAGAAACCGAAUCUAACAAAGAUGAAACAAACUCGUGGUACACAGAGGAAUGCUUAUCUUCCUCUGCUAUACUUUGCCGUCCUUCUUCUUCCCUUGUUCCUCCUCGGAUGCUAUCUGUACAGUGAGAAGCUGAGGUCUGGCCAGUUUCAAGAACUCAAGACACAUAACCUACAACAACAAAGCAAAGAAGAUGGUAAUAAUAAAGACAAGAAGAUUGAUCCGGUGCCAUUAGAAGUCUGCGAUGUCUUCACAGGUGAAUGGGUUCUGGAUAACGCCACACAUCCUUUAUACAAAGAAGACGAAUGCGAGUUUAUCUCAGAGUGGGUGGCGUGUACGAGAAACGGGAGGCCAGAUUCUAAGUACCAGAGAUGGAGAUGGCAACCUCGAGAUUGCUCUUUGCCAAGGUUCAACGCUAAGCUACUGCUAGAGAGACUCAGGGGAAAGAAACUGAUGUUCGUUGGUGAUUCGAUACAUUAUAACCAAUGGCAAUCCAUGGAGUACAAUGCGACCAUAGCAUUUUACUGGGCACCUUUCCUAGUCGAAUCAAAUGCUGAUCCUCCAGACAAGAGAGACGGCAAAACUGAUCCAAUCAUCAUGCCUCGAUCAAUCUCCAAGCAUGGCGAGUACUGGAAAAACGCAGACUUUCUCGUUUUCAACACAAAACAAGGAUCUUUCAGUGAAGGGUCAGCAGAGUAUGACGAAAUCGGAACCCAUGUCAUGUACGAACAAGUGCUACGGACAUGGGCAAAGUGGUUAGAACAAAACAUUGACACAAGUCGAACAUCUAUCUUCUUCAGCAGCAUUUCACCAACUCAUGUCAGGAGCUCAGAUUGGGACGUUAAUGGAGGAGGCAGCAAGUGCGAGAAAGAGACGGAACCUAUACUCGACAUGUCGAAACCAAUAGAUGUCGGAACAAAUCGGAGGCUUUUCGAAAUCGCGGUGAAUGUAACGAAAUCAACCACAAAAGUGCCGAUUCGUUUCCUCAACGUGACUACGAUGUCGGAGUACAGGAAAGAUGCGCAUACCUCAUUUUACGGGUCGCGGAGAGGGAAGCUCAAGACGCCGGAGCAGAGAUCGGAUCCGAGAACCUUCGCCGAUUGUUAUCACUGGUGUCUUCCCGGAUUGCCGGAUACAUGGAACGAGUUGCUCUCUCUGUAUAUUACCCACAUAAGUUGA